GACACACGACGGCCGGCAGAGCCGCAGAGGCAGACACCACAAUCAGGGGCCGGUGACAUCGCCGUCCAUCGCAGAAAAGUCCAGGUGAGAUAGAGAGAGAGAUCUUUCUCCGAGCUCAGCCAGCUAGGCUCCCGCGGUAGCAGUAGCGCCUAGCGGCCGGCGUGGAGAGAGGAUGGGGACGGAGCCGACGAUGCUGCAGCGGUGGUCGUCGUCGAUGUGGGGGAUGAGCGGGCGCGACCGGCUGCGGCUGUGGGAGGACAAGGCGUGGCGGGCGCACGCGGGCAUGGCCUUCACGCAGCUCGCCUACGGCGGCUACCACGUCCUCACCAAGUCCGUGCUCAACGUCGGCAUGAACCAGAUCGUCUUCUGCGUCUACCGCGACCUCGUCGCGCUCGCCCUCCUCGCCCCCGCCGCCUACUUCCGAGAGAGGAGGGUGCGGCGCCCCGUCACCCCGCAGCUGCUCGGCUCCUUCGCGCUGCUUGGAUUCACCGGGAUCUUCGGGAACCAGCUCCUCUUCCUGCUCGGCCUCGGCUUCACCAACGCCUCCUACGCCGCCGCGUUCCAGCCCGCCAUACCCGUCUUCACCUUCCUCCUCGCCGCAAUCGUCGGUGUCGAAGUGAUCAACGUCUUCACCAGAGACGGCCUCUUCAAGGUGGUCGGCACGGCCGUGUGCGUCUUCGGCGCCGUCCUCAUGGUCUUCUACCGAGGCCCCUCCCUGAUCGGCCUCGGAGGCGCCAAUGCGCUGGACGGCGCCGACGCGUCGUGGAGCGGCAGUUCCUAUCCUGCUCAGUGGCUGACGCCAGCCACGCUCCAGUUCAGUUUUGGAACCUGGAACCUUGGUGUCCUGUGCCUCUUAGGCAACUGCUUCCUCAUGGGGGCUUAUCUUGUCAUACAGGCCCCGGUGUUAGUAAAAUAUCCCGCGAGCUUAUCCUUGACAGCCUAUUCUUAUUCAUUUGCCACCAUCUUCAUGGUGUUGACUGGGGUAUUUGCAACCAACGGGCUCCAUGAGUGGGCGCUGACAGGGACCGAAAUCAUAGCCGUUCUAUAUGCUGGAGUUGUUGCAUCUUGUCUCAACUACGCAAUCAUGACUUGGGCGAACAAAAUUCUUGGACCAUCUCUGGUCGCCCUCUACAAUCCGCUCCAACCAGCAUGCUCUACCAUCCUCUCAACUCUUUUUCUUGGUACCCCAAUCUAUCUAGGAAGCCUCAUUGGAGGAGUCUUCAUCAUUGCUGGUCUAUACCUGGUUACUUGGGCCCGUUACAAUGAGGCGCAGAGAAUACUGAUGUCUGGUUAUCUGAAUCCUCUUCUGGUGGAGGUGGAGGAUGCGCCAGCUCCCAAGAGACAGGAAAAUUCCAGCUCAAUUGAUACCUAAGACUCGGAGGAGAGAUGACUCUGUUAUUUUUCCAGAACAGCAGCAGCAGAAUUACGUUGUAUAUUAGUAUCAGAAAGAUUGUAUUUACCUUCCCUACCAUUGGAUUAAGUUACAUCUCAUACCCAAAUACCCUCAACAUAAGCUGGAAUGGAAAUGUGUCGCAAUUAUCGUUCUCCUAGCAGCCGCAGAAGAUGCUAACGAUGUGCGAUGAUAGUUCAGUUUCAACAGUUGUCUUCAUGGGUCAAGGAACAGCUUCAGUGAUCAAAGCAGCCUCUAUUACUGUCUGGGAUCUGACUCUGCAAUACAGUACAAACAAACUGUUCUUCGUUGAUUUUCGUAAUGCCAUACUUGCGAAGCAAUUAUGUCUGGAGCUCAGUGCAUAAGUGGGAAAAAUCAAAGUAGGAGUUCCAAAUUCUUUGGCACAUCAGGCCGCUGGAGUGUUCUUACUUUGCUUCUGUUGUAUCUGCCUUCCACUGUUGUGUAAAUUGUUGGCACGGUUACAAAACAAUCUUGUGUUGCCCAACUGCUUAUGUUUUACCCCCUUUGCUUGUAUAUAGACAAAUUUUAGUGUGUUUGUUCUUCCAUAUAUUUGUGAACGGUGGUAGUACUUGGAAAUGUUAUUUUUCCUACA